CGCGCUCAUUUUCAAAUGCAAGUAGAAGUAGACUAUCUCUAUGGCUGUGUUUUUGGCGACUCUAGCUACAGUAUUUAAAGGCUUUCUGGAGCCCAAGACCACCAUCAGACGAAUACUAUGGCUACGAAGGCAGAUUUCGAUGUAGCGUCACCCCGUCGAAGAAAACACUCCAGCUACUCCGAGCCCAGCAGCAGCAGCAGCACCAGCGAGGGGUACUACAGCCUGGGUUAGUGCUUAGUGUUCCUGACGUUUUCUCCAGACGGACGCGUGAGGGAAUUGAGAAAGGAGAGAGUAGGAGCGGCCAGCAUUAGAUAACUUUGUUACUUCCAGUACCAGUAUGGCAGUCGAGGGGAGGGAAGAUCAGAACAGUAGGGCUGAAAGUGAGUCAUGCAAUCGGUAUUUUCAAGGCUUUCAGAUGUUGGUAUUUCUUCAUAUGAAGAGGAAUUUAAAAGGCUAUAUAGGAGUUGAAAUUGCUGAAGAAAUUGGCAGGAUUUAUUGCUAUCUGCCAAGAUUGGUAUAAUUAUAUCUUUGCAGAGUUGGAGUCACAAACCAAUAGGAAUGCCCUUUCAUAGCAGAAGGAAGAAGUCAAUUCAUUUCCUCCUGAUGCAUAAUGAUGAGCAUACAUGGUACUGUACACUUCCUUCUCAUAUUUCAAGUUGGUCAAGUGAGUGGGAAAAUAUAAUUUAUAUGCAUAGUGGUAUUGGAGGUGCAUGCAUACAUCUUUCUUCCCACUUCCCAGGAUUACAGCUGCUGCAAAUGAUCCAUUCUUUGGAGCUUACUGAGCUGAGCUUUUGCUUGCUCCUCGAGCAAAGAUAUCACUUGUGCAUCAUUCAUCGGUUUUCUAAUGAGCCUGACCUUCAUGAGGCUGUGAAGAAAAUCACUGAAAACCAUGGUUACAUCUCUGUGGUUACUUCUGACAAAAGGACUCUAGCAUCAUUAGAUACAAUAGAAAUUUUUUCUUUUUUAUCUUUAUGCUCUUUAUUGUAUCAUUGCUCUUUGUAUCUCAUGCUCUUUUACUGUGAA